AUGGCCGGCGACAGCUCUCCAACCGAGUCGCCUCCGGCGAAAUUGCCAACCGCAUCUAACCCCACCUACAUAGACCGCAUCGACGAGGACAUCCUGCGUGAGAUCUUCCUUCUCCUUCCGUCCCUCGCGGCGCUCGUCCGCGCCGCCUGCACCUGCCGCGCGUGGCGCAGCGCGGUGGCCUCCGCCCCUGCCUUCCGCCGCCGAUUUCGCGAAGUCCACCGGGCGCCCCUCAUUGGCCUCUUCUUCCAGGUUCCCCCGCCCUCCCAAACACCUAACCUUCCCGCCUUCCCCGCCUUCUUCCCCGCCCGCCGCCGCGACCGUGACCUGGUCGCCGCCAUCCGCUGCGGCGACUUCUUCCUCACCUCCAUCCAGGAGCGCCCCGACGAAUCCCUCUGCUGGGACAUCAUCGAUUCUCGCCACGGCUACAUCCUCCUCAUGAAUUGGGACGAGGGUUUGCUCUGCUUGUUCAACCCCCUGCUGCGGUGGAGCAAAACUUUCGAUCUGGGCCCUAUGGACCUCUUUUACGGCAGUAAGGGCGCCUACGCGCAACUGGACCCCCAGUUGGUCUACUCCGACGAGAACCCAAUGUCGUUCAGGGUGGUGAUGCUUUGCACUGACAGGUCCAGAGUGCCGGCUGCGGUCCUCUCCUCCGAGACCUGGGAAUGGUCUGUCCUUCCAUGGGUGGAAGUUCCGGCCAGGCCAGCCAAGGAAAAAUUGUGGCUUCAAGAUGAGUGUAGCAUGCAGGCGAAUGGAUUCCUGUACUGCGUUUACACGAAUCAGAAGUUUAUGAUUACUCUAGACGCCAAAACAAUGGAAUUCUCUGUUGCUGAGCUCCCCCAGUGUCUGCAGAACCCGCGCUGCCACUUUGUUCUAGGUGAAGCAAAUCAUUCCAGGCCCUGUAUUGUUUAUGCCAGUGACUUCAGCAUAGGUGUGUUGCUUUGUGAACCAGAGGGUGACAAUGCUGGGAGCUGGUAUCUGGACAAGGUGUUUGAUAUGCACGCACCUCUUACGCAGAUCCUUGAGGCCAUACCACAAGAGGUGAAUGUUGUGGCGAUCAUGGAUGGCUUUGCUUACUUGGCAACAGUGAUGGAUGAUGAGCCCCAGAACUCGCCUUGGCUCCUCUCCCUGUGCUUAGAAACAAUGGAGCUGGUUAAGCUGUUUCGGGUGGCGUUUGAUGCUGGUGUUCAUCCCUACGUCCUGGCCUGGCCUUCUGCUUUAGUAGGUAACUAUGGGGCGUUUGCAUUGGGUAAUUCUCCAUGA